AUGGUGAUCGACGAUGAAGAGAAACCGCAUGUUUUGGCUGUGGAUGACAGUUUGGUGGACCGCAAAAUCAUUGAGAGGCUACUCACUACCUCCUUUGUUUUGUUGACUACAGCAGAGAACGGGCAGAAGGCUUUGGAGUUGUUGGGCCUUGUAGAGGAACAAUACAGCAAGAGUACUAGAGUAAACACAACAAUUUGUUGUAUGGCAUGCAUCUUUUAUAACUUUCUGCUUUUUAUACUGAACCUUGAUUCAAUAUUGCAGGAAACAAACAUAAACUUGAUCAUUACUGAUUACUGCAUGCCAGGGAUGACAGGAAACGAUCUACUAAAAAGGGUGAAGGGAUCCUCCAAUUUGAAAGAGAUACAUGUGGUCAUCGUGUCAUCGGAGAAUGUCCCCACCCAAAUCAAGAAGUACUUGGAAGAAGGUGGUCAAGAAUUUAUGCUAAAGCCUCUCAAACAAUCAGAUGUUAAGAAAUUGAAAUGUAAUAUGACCAAAGUAACCGAACCAGGCUAUACAUCGGGAGGUAAAACAAUAGCGCAUCCAGUGGCUGGAAGAUGCAGAAGAUACAAGAGGAAAGCUAAAGGAAAAAGGGACCAGAAAUUUUGACUGUCACUAGGGAAUAUUGACUAUUGAUCCGAAGGAAAGUGAAAACAUUGCGACAUCAUCGUUCUUUAUCUAAUUUUUUAUUAGCUAUUUUGAAUAGAUCCCAUCAGUCCCUCUUAUUUUUCCCAAUUUACUUCUGCUAAAAAGCACGUGCUCUCUCCCAAACACCAUAUAUGUUGCACAUGCAUCAAAACUGA